AUGGCUGAGCCUACCGUUUACAAGAUACGCUAUGCCCGUCAUGUUUUGUCCGAGUCAAACGCCGGUGACAACUCGGGCGUAGACUUACACGAUCCGGUUCUCACUACAGCGGAGAGAGAGGAGGACUGGAUCAAGGAUAAAAAGUUGGAAGAGGCAAAGCGCGGAACCGGCAGAAAAUGGGCAGAAGGCAAAAUGAGGGGCCAGUUCCUCCAGCACGAGAAGAAGAGCCGCGUCUUCAUGGUCUCCCCUCUGACCAGGGCCAUACAGACAUUUCUCCUGUCCGUUACCGAGCAAGAGCUGCGAGGUUCCCGGAUUAUUGUUGAGCCCCUCUUGAUCGAGCAGACGCUCUGGUUCUCAGACAGGGCUCGAGCCGUUACCAAGAUUCAGGACAUGAUUGAGCACGAGCUUGAAUACAGAUUCAAUGGUCGCCUAAAGAUGAACGACCUCAAUAUCAUAUGGGACAGGAUGAUCCCGUCAGAGACAAAGGACAAUGAAAGACUGGACAGGCCUUGGCACCUCAAGACUAACGGCUGGGCACCCGAGAACUUGCUCGAAAGAGGAAGGCUCGCCGUUCAGGUAAUCUUGCAGGAAUGCAAGAACUUCGAGUCGUACACGGGUCGAUCAUACACCGACUAUGAUAUUUGUGUUUUUGGGCAUGGUGGUUUUGUCAACUACAUGACUGACAAGAUCGGAACCGUCGACGUCAAACUCAAAGUUCCAAGGCUAACAGACUGGAAGACGGGUGAGGUGAGAGAAUUCAAGAUUUACGACUACUACACAUGUUGCAGCUUGAUGGUUGAGGAAAAAGAUCUGCCACUCACGAGCCAGGAGGCUGCUGUAGUGAACACCAAGAGACGUGACCUCAAGGACUUCAUCACCAACAUGGUUCAUUACAAUCCUGAGCAGGAGCUGGAAUUCAAGAAGGGACUGAAUGCCUAA